AUGCAAUUGGAAUGGACAGACAAAAUGACUCUUAAAGCAACAACUUGUAAGGAAGCUAUUCAGCGAUGGGAAGAUAAGACAGGUCUAAGUGCCAAUGAAGAGAAAGAAAUUAUUUUGUCUUUUCAGUGGCCGCCGAUUGAAAAAAUGGAUAAUAAUUUAGCAGCACUUGCUGCUGUAGAAAAACUAUCUCUCUCAACAAACAUGAUAGAAAAAAUCACUGGUAUCAGUGCAUUAAAAAAUUUAAAAAUUCUAUCUUUGGGUCGCAAUCAAAUUAAAACAUUCUCUGGAUUGGAAGCAGUUGGAGAACAUUUAGAAGAAUUAUGGAUAUCAUAUAAUCUAAUUGAAAAAAUUAAAGGUGUGAAUGUAUUAAAAGCAUUAAAAGUGCUUUAUAUGUCGAAUAAUCUGGUAAAAGAUUGGGCUGAAUUUAAUCGUUUGCAAGAAAUUCCGCUUCUCGAAGAUUUAUUAUUUGUCAAUAAUCCUAUCUGUGAAAGUAUGGAUGUAGAAUCUUGGCGCAGCCAAGUAACUAGAAGACUACCAAAACUAAAAAAACUCGAUGCUAUACCGGUUGUAUAAUUAUUUAAUCUAGUUAAAUAUAUGAAAUGACAAUAGAAAUUUGAAUUAAAAAAUUUUGCAAUAAAAUUGCAAAAUAUAUAUUUACACGGUAUAGUGUACAUUUAUAAUACAUUUUUUUUUAUGUUUGAAUAUAAUACAUUAUAUUGACAUUAUUGACAUUGUCUUAUUUUAUAAUUUUUUGUGAUGGUCAAUUAAUAAUCUUCAACUUUCAUGUCGUUUAAUCCCAGUUCUUCAUUCUGAUCAAAACUUCUUUCAUAUUUAGUAAUCUUUAAACCAUUAUCUAAACCUUCAUUAGAAAGACUUUGAAUGUAACUAUUACCCGCUGGAUCAUCUAAUAUAAGUGUAAUCUUUCGCUUUCCUUCCAAAACUUCAUUUAAAUGAGAUAUGAAAAUUUCCAUCCGUUUAACAGUUUCUGGAUCACUACUAUCACCACUAAAAGCUGUCGAUGAUGAUAAUUGUUCUUUAAUAGCUACUAAAAUGCCUUCUAUAGUAGUAAAACGUCCACCUAAAGCAGCAGGACCAAUUUCUAAUUCCAAUUCUGGUAUUUGCAUAUGACAAGUUUCAGACUUUAACAAAUCGCGACUGAAAUCUUCUUUUCCUAUGAUUGUUACUUCUAUUUUCACUCCCAUGGGUUCAAUACCUCCACCACUUUUAACUUCGUUUGUUCUAUGCCCACAUGAAUCACAAACUGUUGCCAUAAUUACAACUUCCUUAAAAUGUGGAAUAUCUAAAAAUUGAGUUAAGAAUAAACUUUUUUUUUUAAUGAAAUAAGAAUUGAAAAUCAACAAAAAAUUAAAAUAAGAAUAUUAAUAUUUAGGAAAUUAAUAAAACAAAAAAUAAUAUUAAAAAAAGAAAGAAUAUAUUGUAUAUGAAUAUUAAGUAACACAAAAAGGAUACUGGUCAAUUUCAUAUUAGUUUCACAUGGGCAAUUACAUUCUGGACAAUUUGUUCGAAAAGAAAGUACUUCUCCUUC